AUGUCUGUUUUAAGUGAUUCUGGUUUUGAGGAGGAUAUUCAAAGUUUAUCUCCAUCCCCGCCUCCGUUGCUUCACUGGUCAACUGUACCACAAGACAGACUGGUGGCUGACAGGCAGGAUUUCCAGGAGUACGACGAAAGCUGCUUUGUCAUUCAGUUACACAACGAAGAGACGUUCCUCGCCAGUGACUGUUUGGCUCGACAGCCGCAGGUUACUGCAGAGGCGCGCUGUAAGUUAGUGAGCUGGCUGAUAGCUGUCCACAGACACUUCAAACUGUCGUUUGAAUCAUGCUGUCUCGCUGUCAAUAUUAUGGACCGGUUUUUGGUCACGACAUCAGUGGCUGCGGACUGCUUCCAGUUGCUUGGCGUAACGUCCCUGCUUAUCGCUACAAAACAGGUGGAGGUGUGCUCCCCUCGGAUAAAGCAGCUCCUGUCCCUCUGCUGUAACACCUUUUCCAGAGAGCAGCUUUGCAACCUGGAAUGUCUAAUCCUGCUGAGGCUAAAUUUCAGGCUGGCCGCACCCACACACGCCUUCUUUCUCGACUACUACAGCAGCCGCAGUACGGCACAGUGGGUCACCCCUGCUGGAGCCGACGGCAGGAAAACAGCUGACGGCACAGGUGACUGUCUGAAUGGGAGGAGAUGUGACUGGGACCACAGAUCUAUAGAGGCUGAGGCGUGUAAGAGUUUGGCACGCAGGAUCUGUGAACUGAGUUUGGCAGAUUAUGCUUUCAACAGAUAUGCUCCAUCAGUGACAGCCCAGUGUGCAGUGAGAUUGGCCACAGACAUUCUGAGGAGCCAGUCAAAUGAGCCGUCUCCCACUGGACUCACUGACUCUUUGCAGACAUCAUGUGACCAAUCACAAACUCAAGAACAGAAGCAGAACAAUGCACUCAAUUAUAUAGACAAUUUGCCACCAGAGGGCGACAGUCACCACCUCAUACAACAAUGUAUGGAAAGCCUCAGGUUGUUAGUUUCUCUUAAUUAUGAGGCAAUGCAGAGCUUGACUGCUUUAUAA